AUGUCAACUACCCUCACGCCAAGAAAGCUUCGCCUAGAAGAGCUUCGCCAAGUAACGCGUAGCCCAGAAGAGUUUCGCCAAAUAAUGCAUCGCAUAGCUAAUGACGAGGAGGGAUUGAUGUACUACGGUCAUCUUAAUCAUUUAAGGGACUAUUCUGGGUAUAUGCAAGGGCGGCGCCGUGGACUUCAUCCUGAGAUCCAGGCAUAUUUCAUGCAUUCUUCCACUUCAGCGCCUCGUCCCGUUCAAGCAAUUUCCUCCGUCACAGUUAAACAGACACCAGUUCCACACCUUCAUUCACUUCGAGAUCUUAAAAAUCUCGCAAGUGUAUCACGGUUGUUUCACCAUAUUUUUGGGAAAGAGUUAUACAAGGAGUGCCGUCGGAGGCUCGACUCCCUUCCUCUAUUCAUUGGUGCAAUGAGAGGCGAUAUCGAGCUUUUGGGAUACUUCUUAAAAUAUGGUCAAACGAUAGACCCAAUCUGGACCGACGAGAAGAUUCCUAAUCUGAUGUUUGCAUAUCCAAACCAUCGCCCAAUUCAUGUUGCUAUCGAACAUUGGCAAGACGAUACUGUUAAUUGGCUUCUUGCUAAGGGAGCUAACCCCAACCGGCCAGAGCACCUUACAGAAGUGGACUACUGCAGAACACCACUCCAGAUCUGUAUGCAAAUGACUUCAGACAGAUUUCUCGAUAACUGCGCCACGGACGCCACGGAUUCCUCGGCCCAAUUCCGCAUCUUAAAGGCUCUACUAGAAAGUGGUGCGGACCCGAACGUCAAAGAUAAAUUCUCCGACUAUCCUUUACGGCGAUACUUCACGUCAAAAAUGGGUCAAAUCAUUUUUUGUAUUCCAUACAUUUCACUGCUUUUAUCAUCUGGAGCCAAUCCACUUCAACUGUGCAAGUAUUACAAUACGGAACACAAGUGCAGUUUUCGAUCUGAGCUUCUCGGUUUCCGGCCUCCAGCUGAUAGUCAGUGUGUGCAAGAUGCCGGAAAGAUAAGCAAAUGGUUGUCUUUGACAGCACAGUUAAUUAAUCUUCUUUUUCAAUAUUCAAUUACUCAACAAAUAUAA